GUCUUUGUGAACAAAGCCAUCUUCUCUGCGCCGCCGCCAUCCCUCCGAAGCGCCCAGGUCUCAUUCGCGACCUUCCACUUCUUCAUCACGACCGUAGUCCUCUACACCCUCUCGCAACCCGUCAUCGGCGUCUUCGAAGCUAAGCGCGUCGACAUACUCAAGGUCCUACCGCUCAGCUUGGCCAUGGUUGCAAACGUGGUCCUUCAAAACGCAGCCCUGGCGAAUUCCAGCAUUCAGUUCAACCAAGUCGCUCGGGUGCUCCUGACGCCCGCGUGUGCAGCGCUCAAUUUCAUCAUGUACCGGCAGACUUUGCCAUGGAAGGCGGGUCUGACCUUGAUCCCCAUUUGCGUGGGCGUGGCGGUUGUGUCCUACUUCGACACGAAAUCGGGAGAUGCUCUUAACAAACCCAAGGAGACGGCGCCUAUCGGGGUGGUAUUCGCGCUCGCGGGAGUUUGCGCCAGCGCCAUGUAUACGGUCUGGGUCAAGCCAUUCCACGUGAAGCUCGAGUGCGAUAGUUACCAGUUGCUGCUCAAUCAGUCGGCCGUCAGUGUUGGCGCCAUGUUGUACAUCAUACCCUUCAGCGACAACAAAGCCGUGUGGCUGCAAUUACCGUCUUCGACGUGGGCGUUGGUUGGGUUGAGUGGUUUACUGGCGGCUUGUAUCAACAUUUCGCAAUUCGUAAUCAUCAAGGAGGCCGGCGCUGUGAGCAGCACAGUCGUUGGGCAUCUCAAGACCUGCUCUAUCAUUCUACUAGGAUGGAUCACGAGCUCACAUUCAUUCAAAGACAUGAGCGUCAUUGGAUUCAUCCUGGCGGUCAGCGGGAUCAUCAUGUAA